GCAGAGAGCACGUCUCUCGCAUACACUCUGUGAUGUUUGCGCGAAAGACGAAAUGUGAUGUGCGUGAAUAGUGUGCAGUAGAAUUUUGAAAAUAGAAUUCUAAUUUCACGGGAAAAUUUUGUUAUCGGGGUUAAAAGUACUGCGUUUUUAAAUGUACUGGUAUUCGUGAUGACAAUAAGCCAGAGUUCAACUGUGAAUAUAAGUUCAAAAAAUGUGUUUAAAAAGAUAAUAAUCGCAAAUAAUUAGGAUGUGAAACCAUGUUGGAAUGCGUGCGUCGCGAUGGCUCAGUGUUACACGCGACGGACAACGGAUGUUACUGUUUUAGGCUGCUGUUCUUGCUGACAAUUGUGCUUUUAUGCGUGAGACCAGCACUACCAGGCGGUGUAUCGCUAGGCGCACAUUUGGUGUGCGCAAGAGUGGCGGGAUUAACAGACAAGCAACGCGCCAUGUGUCGAUCUUCCCCUGCCGCCAUUGCAGCUGUAGGUGACGGGUUGAGGAUGGCGUAUGCAGAAUGUCGAAACCAGCUUGGAGGCUACAGGUGGAACUGCACAGGCAUCGGCGAUGGGAACGACUUCGGUCACGUCAUGCCAUUAGCAACUCGUGAGGCAGCAUUCACAUAUGCGAUCACAUCGGCUGGCGUGACGCAUGCACUCAGCACAGCCUGCGCGAGAGGCGAUCUACCAGCUUGCGGAUGCUCAUCAAAUAGGAGACGGGCACCAAGUCCGUCAGAUCAGUUCCACUGGGGUGGUUGUGGCGAAUCAGCGUACGGCGCCCGGUUCGCUCGACGAUUCCUGGAUUCACGGGAAAUAGAGGCCGAUGCUAGGAGUCUCAUGAACCUCCAUAAUAACCGAGUUGGAAGGAAGGUAGGGGAGAUAGUAAAGGACCUAGUUCGGCGCGAGUGCAAAUGUCACGGUGUAUCUGGAUCGUGUGCCCUGCGCACAUGUUGGCGCGCUUUGCCGCCAUUUCGCGCUGUUGGCGCUGCGCUGAGGGAGAAGUAUCACCGCGCGAGACUGGUAACACCCCACCCUCCGCCUGCCACACAUGCACCACAGACGCAUUUGGUUAUACGGAGGCCAAGACAGAACGCAGGCGUUGGCAGGCAACCAAGAAAAUCUGAACUGGUUUUCCUGGAACCAUCUCCUUCCUACUGUGAAGCGGAACCAAUGACAGGCUCCUUUGGGACACAUGGGAGACACUGCAAUCGAACAUCUCGGGGUGAAGAUGGAUGUGAAACUCUCUGUUGCGGAAGAGGUUACAACACGAUACAAUCUGUCGAAGAAACAAAAUGUCGAUGUAAAUUUCACUGGUGUUGUCGCGUUUCUUGCGAAAAGUGUGUAACGCGCACGGAAAUUCACGUGUGCAAGUGA